GCGUUUUUUUCGGAUUGAUUCACGCAAACGUCGCAUAACUUCAAGGACAGUUUUGAUAUGGACGAACUUCUGCAUGAUUUAGGUGAAUUUGGAUGGUAUCAAAAACAGCUUUUAUGGUUUAUAUGCUUACCAGCUUGUUUACCAUGCGGGUUCUGUGCAUUUAAUCAAAUAUUCAUGGCGAGUUCACCAGAUCACUGGUGCAGAGUUCCAGAAUUAUUGAAUUUGAAUGCUUCUUUGAGAAAAAGCAUGGCUAUACCUAUUAAGGAUUACAAUGAAUCAUAUAGUCAGUGUACCAGAUAUGAUAUAAAUUGGACAAUGUAUUUGUCGUCUGAGAGUUCUGAUAUUGCCUACUCAAAGAAAACUAUAUUUGCUGAAAUUCCGUGUGAUAAAGGAUGGGAAUACAAUUUAUCAGAAGUAUCUUCGUCUAUCGUAAUAGAAUUCAAUCUAGUAUGUGAAUACAAAAUAUAUCCAACAUUAGGAUUAGUAGCUUUAAAUGCAGGUGGCCCCAUUGGAGUUUACAUGUUUGGGAACUUGAAUGACAGAUUUGGACGAAGGUUAUCGUUCUUUGCAUGUUUGGCUAUAUUGAUCAUUGGAGCGGUUCUAACAGCAGUAGCUAUUGAUUUUUGGAGUUGGGCAGCUACCCGUGCGGUGGUCGGAUUAACGAUUCCAGCUGUUUAUCAAAUUCCAUUUAUUAUAUCUCUCGAAUUAGUUGGACCAAACUAUAGAUCUCUUGUAACUGUAUUAACAUGCAUGUUUUAUACUAUUGGGCUCUGUAUGUUAGCCGGAGUAACCUAUUUUAUACAAGAAUGGAGAAUACUUUCUUUAGUAACUAGUUUACCUUUCACAAUAUACUUUUUUUACUGGUGGUUCUUACCGGAGUCUCCUCGUUGGUUAAUAGCGAAAGGUCGUCUAAAUGAAGCAAACGAUGUACUAAUGAAUUUAGCUCGGAUAAAUGGUACUCAGUUACCACAAAAUUUUUUAACUAGAAUGCACUCGAAAAUUAGUCAGAACAAACACACAGACAUAUAUCACUCUCAAAAGGAGCCAAACAUAACAUCACUUUUUAAAACUCCAAAUAUGAGAUUGAAAACAUUUUUAAUAACUCUCAAUUGGUUUGCCAAUAAUAUGGUUUAUGUUGGGUUAUCGUAUUAUGGACCAGCUUUAGGCAGUGAAGAACAUCUCAGCUUUUUAUAUUCAUCACUAGCCGAAAUUCCUAGCUACCUUCUCUGCUGGGUUAUAAUGGAUCGCUGGGGCCGACGUUGGCCUUUAUGUUUCUGUAUGGUAAUUGCAGGAGUAUCUUGUAUUGCAACAGUCUUAUUACCAGAAGAUGCCAUAAUAUCAACACUUAUUCUUUUUCUUCUGUCAAAAUCUGCAAUAUCAGCAUCAUUUCUUAUCAUAUAUCCUUUCGCUGGUGAACUAUAUCCAACGCAAUUGAGGGGUGUCGCAAUAGGAUUUUCAGCGUAUAUAAGUGGAUUGGGUCUAAUAAUCAUACCAUUUAUUACUUACUUGGGUAAUGAAAAUUUGGUUUUACCACUAGUGGUUAUGGGAAUCAUUUCCGUAAUAGGAGGAAUAUCUGCCUUAAGAUUACCUGAAACCUUACACCAACGUUUACCCGAAACUAUUGAAGAAGGAGAAAUCUUUGGAUCUAAUUGGACGUGGAAGAAUUGUUUUCAUAUUAAAACAGACAAGACGAACAUACAAAUGUCAGCCUAUGAAGAUAUAUUUCAAAUGGAUGCUUCAGAAAAAAACUCAUAUAACAUCAAUGAUGUCCAACGAAGACCAACAAAUUUGCAAUUAUUAGUUAGACAAACAAGUAUGAUGGAUACUCAAAGAGAUUCAGAUGGUACAAUAAAAAUGGCGUAUUGGUUUUAAAAGUAAAAUUAUGUGAAUUGGAAAAAUCUUCGUUACUAUCGGCUAGCUCAUUUUUGUCGAAAAAAUUUAU